UGACCAAAAUGUCCACUGAUGAAGUACAAAAUAGCGGCCGCGUCCUCUUACCCGGUGAGAGCUUUCCUCUCCCGUCUCCACGUUUCUCUUUAUUUUGCGCGAAGGAGAAGAAGCAGAAGACAAACGCUCGCGAUCAAUGGAUAAAGGAACCCUAGCUGCAACUUCUUCUUCCUCUUCGGCCUCCUCUUCUCAUACUGGAAACGUGGAUCCUCCCCCAGAAAUUGCUUGGACUGAUGCUUAUCACAGAUUGUUUCACAGGUGGAAGUCCUUGCGCGAAUCUUCCCAGUGGCCACCAAUACCAAUUUCAAUAUCCAAAGUGAACCAGUUUGAUGCUGCAAGGUUGGAUGUGGAAAUGUCAGCCAUGCUGAAGGAACAGCUUGUUAAAGUUUUUUCCUUAUUGAAGCCAGGGUUCCUAUUUCAAUACGAGGCGGAGCUUGAUGCUUUUCUUGAGUUUCUUAUCUGGAGAUUUUCAAUUUGGGUAGACAAACCUACUCCGGGAAAUGCUCUUAUGAACUUGAGGUAUAGGGACGAGCGCAGGGCUACCUCUGUUGGACAAGAAGUGAGAACAGGACUGGAAGGAACUGGGCUCUCUGUAUCACAAAAAUUAUGGUACUGCAUUGGUAGUGUUGGUGGGCAGUAUAUAUGGGCUCGUUUACAGUCAUUUUCGGCUUUUAGAAGAUGGGGCGACUCUGAGCAGAGACCGCUGGCACGACGGAUAUGGGUUUUAAUACAACGUAUUGAAGGCAUUUACAAAGCUGCAGCUUUAAGUAAUUUAUUACUAUUUCUGUAUUCUGGAAGGUAUAGAACGCUUAUUGAAAGAAUUUUGAAAGCAAGACUUGUGUAUGGAAGCCCUAAUAUGAAUCGGGCCGUUAGCUUUGAGUAUAUGAAUAGGCAAUUGGUUUGGAAUGAAUUCUCGGAGAUGCUGCUUUUGCUGCUUCCACUUUUAAACUCAUCUUCAAUAAAAAAAUUUCUUCUUCCUUUCUCCAAAGAUAAAUCAUCUGGAUCUUCAAGCAAUGAGUCAGAAUGCCCAAUCUGCCAUGCAAAUCCCACCAUUGCAUUUGUGGCUCUUCCUUGCCAACACAGGUAUUGCUACUAUUGCCUUCGCACUCGUUGCACGUCAGUUAGCUCGUAUCGGUGUUCACGAUGCAAUGAACCAGUAGUUGCAAUCCAGAGACAUGGAUCAACCGAAACCAAAACGCCCAGCUUCAGCUGAGGAAUUGUGUUGUUGUAAAAACAAUGCGUGAAAAUGCCUCUCCACUCUCCAGGCAUGUAUGUGUUGUUCAUUCUUCUUGCGAAUCUCACUGUAGGUAUCUUUUUCUUUCCAUUAAAUUGAUAUAUAGAUGGCUUUUCUAGGAUAUAUUUAUUGCAUCUGAAUUCUAUUGAUAUCUUCAGAAAUAUAUUAAAAAAUUUUCAUUUAUGAA